CAGCUUAUUGACUUGGACGUGUAAAGAAGAUUAUCAACUUUUUGUUUUCAAACUAGAAUCGGAUUAUAAAGUUUCAGAAUAAAGAAUGGAAGAGGAACAACUGAAUAGAACAGCUCAGCUAUUGUCAAAUACGGCUAUAGAGGAUGCAAUGGACGAACUCCUCAUGGAGGAAAUGGACAAAGAUCUUGACCAGGGAGUGGACGACAUCGUAGAAUUGACCAUCAAACAAUCUAUAAGAUCCAUCCGUGACGGUAGAGCGUCCCCGACGGAUAAAAUGAUGGGGAAACUGCUAAAAUCCUUGGCAACUAUCACAGCCCCUGAAGGACUCGAUCCCGUGGCAACAAGUCAGCUGACCAAGACUUCUGGGAAAAGGAGUGGACUUCGAAGAUUAUUAGACAGACUCUUCAAGAGAAACAAGAAAGAAGUGGAGGACGUUGAUCGUGCUCUAUCUGGUGGCAGUAGCGGUUCUCCAACAGAAAAGAAGAAAAAUCCGCCCAAGUGCAAAAAGACAAGGGACUGGAUACGUAAACACGUGUGCUGUUUCAUCCGGCAGUCUGACUAGAUACACUACAGUAUUUUAUAUACUGAAGAAACUACAUGUACACAUCAGAAAUGAUAUUCCGGAAACUUUACAUAAUAAAGAAGAAGAAAAAAACUUUUAUAGUCACAAUGAUAAGCGAUAUACUUUUUAUCAUUUAAAGAAAAAACCGGAUUAUUAAUAACGAACUCGCUGCUGGUUAUUUUUAAUUCUGUGGAAGAUCGCCAUGGAAACCGAUUAUUCAACGUCAACUCUGUGGAAGGUCCCCAUGGAAACCGAUUAUUCAACGUCAACUCUGUAGAAGGUCGCCAUGGAAACCGAUUAUUCAACGUCAACUCUGUGGAAGGUCCCCAUUGAAACCGAUUAUUCAACGUCAACUCUGUAGAAGGUACCCAUGGACACCGAUUAUUCACCGUCAACUCUGUGGAAGGUCGCCAUGGAAACCGAUUAUUCAACGUCAACUCUGUAGAAGGUCGCCAUGGAAACCGAUUAUUCAACGUCAACUCUGUGGAAGGUCCCCAUUGAAACCGAUUAUUCAACGUCAACUCUGUAGAAGGUCCCCAUGGACACCGAUUAUUCAACGUCAACUCUGUGGAAGGUCGCCAUGGAAACCGAUUAUUCAACGUCAACUCUAUGGAAGGUCGCCAUUAAAACCGAUUAUUCAACGUCAACUCUGUGGAAGGUCGCCAUUAAAACCGAUUAUUCAACGUUAACUCUGUGGAAGGUCCCCAUGGAAACCGAUUAUUCACCGUCAACUCUGUGGAAGGUCCCCAUGGAAACCGAUUAUUCACCGUCAACUCUGUGGAAGGUCCCCAUGGAAACCGAUUAUUCACCGUCAACUCUGUGGAAGGUCGCCAUGGAAACCGAUUAUUCACAGUCAACUCUGUGGAAGGUUGCCAUGAAAACCGAUUAUUCACCGUCAACUCUGUGGAAUCGCGGCAUGGAAACCGAUUAUUCACAGUCAACUCUGUGGAAGGUCGCCAUGGAAACCGAUUAUUCACAGUCAACUCUGUGGAAGGUCGCCAUGGAAACCGAUUAUUCACAGUCAACUCUGUGGAAGGUCGCCAUGGAAACCGAUUAUUCACAGUCAACUCCUUAGAUGUUUCGUAACCUUGUACCACAUAAUACAAAGUGUGGGCUACAAUGUAAAUUUAGGUUUGACGUUUGAUUUUCAGUGUCUAAUUAACAGUUUUACUGAUGAGAGUAAAAUGUAUAAAUAUUAGCAUUUAAGUCGUUCAAAGGCAUUGAUGAAAAAUGGAAUGCUGGCGUCUGUAUACGUGGCAUGACAUUCCCGAAGGCGUCUUGGCGCCAAGUUGUGGAACUACGACCAGCACAAUGACGCUUCCAGUCGAUAACAGAGAUCAAUAGCGUGUUCCAUUUAGCGGAACGUUCCGGUUGUUCCGGAACGAACCAGACGUUCCGCUAAAUGGAACACGCUGUUAGUUUUACCUGUAGCUAACGUAACACAGAGUAUACGUCGACAACCCUGUCUACAGAAAUGUAGUGACGUGUCCAUAUAUGUAGCAAUACCAGGACAUGUUAUAGACAUGUUGUCAUCUGACGUCAUCAAUGUUUUACAAU